AUGACCGCAAGAAUAGUUUUCCGUACCUUCGUUCUAGCUCUCCUGCUCUACAGCGCAGUAACCACUAAGUGUCCUGCAGGUGGUAGAUCAGAGAAGUCCAUUUUGGGCUGGAUGUUACGAGGACACGUGUACGACACUCUUCUCGCUGAACGUCCGUUUACGUGCGUAUUCCAGUGUCGCGAAGACAAUCGAUGCCAAAGUAUUAACUGGGUUAUCUCUCUUCUUAUGUGUGAGUUUAACAACAGGACAAAGGAAGCCAGGCCCGAGGACUUCAUUCGAAACCAAGACAGAUCUUACUAUCGACGCGAUUUACAACGAGGUGAGCCAUCAUUAAGUGCCGGGGAUACUCUUAAGUUGACCGGUUACGGGGAAGCUCCCCACGAACGGGGUACCUUUAAUUUGUCAGGCUUCAUAUAUAUGAAAGAGCUAAGAAAUUUCACAGUUUAAAGUAUAUGAAAGGGUAGGAAAGUUAGUCAUCUCUGGAGGCCGAUAAAAGAAACUAAAAGAGCUAACAGAUGCAUUUUAUGGAUGAGAAAAAGCAGACGAAAAUUUUUCUGGUUUUGAGUUUAUUCAUGUUUAAAAGACAUAGCAUUUACAGCAGUUAAGAGGGAUGCAAAAUUAUCGUAAAAUCCCAUGUUAAAGCCCCCCCCGGAUUUAAACCCAUCCGUUUGCAAACGAGGAUAUUAUUCUGGAUAUACCCCCCUCCCCCAAGAUAUAAGCCCAUGUUAUGCCAAGCGCGUUUUGUAAAACAGUAGCCACUUGAAUUGGAACAUGAAGCUGCCAAAUUGUGCGGGUGAAAUAGAAAUAUCAACUUUGUUAAUGCUACCCAGAGGAUCGUUUCUUGAAGUUUUUUGACUUUUGUCCUGUUCCCUUCCAGUUGUUUAAGUGUUUUAUAGAUGUUUGUGAAAUACAUUCUCCAUUUAUUGUGAUCAAUUUAUAAUAGAAUGUUUGCUUUAAUUCGGUUCAGAUAUGUUUUAUCCUGUCGGUCCGAAACAUUUAUUUCGGCUUAUACCCCCCUUCCCCCUUUAUAAGCCCACCCAAAACCCUUUAUGAAGUUAUAUAAGCCCCUGAACUUUAACGUGGGAUUUUACGGUAGUUCUAACAUUCGUGAAUCGAAGGUAUAAGAAAGGGGUACCUUUCUUGUCAAAAACGUUUUAUAAAACGGUAAGGGGUUGGACCUCAGGGCGGAACCUCCAGUCCCGGCUUUAUAAAACUUUGUUGAGUAGCGCCCCGAGCAUAAACUAAAAACUCUGUAGGGGUAAAGGCGAACUGAUAAUGAAGAAUUGUUUUUUAACCUCUCAGUUCCCCUUGGUUCGAUUCAAGAACUACCAGCUGAGACUUGUGACGAAAUAAAGAGGAGUGAAGGACACGUUGUUAGCGGAAAAUACUGGUUUUCCACUAUAAAAUCUGGUACAUCUGUUCUGGCUUAUUGCAAUAUGGAUACCAACGGUGAGUUUAGUCAGCUAUAUAAUCGGCGACUACCGUUAAGCUGAACCCUCUGAUAAGUUAAUUUAUGAUUAUUAGACAAAUGACUUAAACGUUUCAUAUUUAUUCACAGAUGCGGCGACUGAUGAAAAAUUAACCGUGAGAUUAAGAUAAGACCCGGACAAAAAAGAUAAAUUUGAAAGUGAAAAAAGACUCAUGUCACGAAGGAAUGAGUACCUUCAACGUCACAUGUUAGGGCCUGAGUAAAUGCCCUUCAAUAUUUUUUUUCAUCAAUCAAUAUGUUUGUUGUUCUAGACAUUGACGAAUGCGGUGCUUCUACACCUGUAUGUGACAUCAAUGCCAACUGCUCCAAUACUAGGGGAUCGUAUAUCUGUACCUGCAGAGCAGGAUAUACAGGCGAUGGAAAAACUUGCCAAGGUAUGAUAAACUUCGUUUUACCGUGUAAGAACAACGAGGAGGGCAGUUUCCCAGGACUUGUAACGGCCAGUAAAAAUCGGCAACCCAUCGAAUCCAGUCCGUUUAUACACGGGCAGUGCAUCACAGCAUGCCUCGGGUUAUACUUCUGUUAUUAGAACCUUUUUCGGUACAUGUAACUGUAUAAAAAUUCUUUAAAAGGUCGUGCAUUAAGUCCAUUAUUUAACCUCGAAAAGUAAUGCUGUAAUUACUUAGUAGUCCACCUAGCCCAGUAGAAUAAAAAAAAAAAGAACAAAAUUAUAAAUUAUAACCGAACCGGGAGAUUUAAACUGAUAAGACACGGAGAAAAAAGGAUAAAUUUUAAGGGAAAAAAUGACUCAUGCCACGAAAGACUGGGUAAUCCUCGCGUCACAUGUCAGGGCCUGAGUUAAUACCCUUCAAUAAUUUUUUCAUCAAUCAGUAUGUUUGUUGUUUUAGACGUUGACGAAUGUAAUACUUCUUCACCUGUAUGUGACAUCAAUGCCAACUGCUCCAAUACUCGUGGAUCGUACAUCUGUACCUGCAGGGCAGGAUAUACAGGCGGUGGAAAGACUUGCCAAGGUAGGAUAAAGGUCGAUUUACAGUGAUAACAACGAAGACGGCAGUUUCCAAGGGACUUGUGAUGACCAGCAAAAAUGGGCAAUCCAUCGAAUCCAGUCCCUUUAUAUACCGGCAGUGCAUGACAUCAUAUGCCUCGGGUUAUACUUCUGUCGUAGAAACGUUUUGGGAAGCCUGCCGGAAAACAGCCGACAUUUGGCGACGCUACCACCGGUUUCCCCAGCGAAUGGCGCCUGAGAAACGAGCGCAGAAGUUCCGUACGGAUCGUGUGUUACUACCUAGAUCUGGGUAGUACUUCUGAUUGGUCGUGCAGAGUGGGAAAUUUAAUUAAACCAAUCAGAAGCACUACCCAGAUCUGGGUAGUGACGCGUCAUCAGUUUGGAAUUUCUGCGCUAGCUUCUUAGACGUCAUUUGGCGGGUAAACCAGUGGUAGCGUCGCCAAAUGUCGGCUGUUUUCUCAGGCAACUUUUUGGGUAGAUGUAAGUGUAUAGAAAUUCUGUAAAUGACCGCGCAAGAAUUAAAACCUUUGAAGUCCGUUAUUUAACCGCGAAAAGUAAUGCUGUAAUUACUUAGUAGAGCACCUAGCCCAGUAGAAAAAGAAAAACAAAAUUAUGAAGCAACAGCAACCGAGAGAUUUAAACUGAUAAGACAUGGAGAAAGAAGCUAAAGAUAAAUUUUAAGGGAAAAAAAGACUCAUGCCAAGGAAGAAUGGGUACUCCUCGCGCGCGUCACCUGUUAGGGCCUGAGUAAAUGCCCUUCAAUUUUUUUUUUCAUCAAUCAGUAUGUUUGUUGUUCUAGACAUUGACGAAUGCGGUGCUUCUUCUCCUGUAUGUGACAUCAAUGCCAACUGCUCCAAUACUCGUGGAUCGUAUAUCUGUACCUGCAGGGCAGGGUAUACAGGUGAUGGGAAAACUUGCCAAGGUAGGAUAAAGGUCGAUUUACUGUGAUAACAACGAAGAUGGCAGAUUCCCUGGGACUUAUGACGACCAGUAAAAAUCGGCAAUCCAUCGAAUCCAGUCCGUUUAUAUACCGGCAGUGCAUGACAUCAUAUGCCUCGGGUUAUACUUCUGGUAUUAGAAAAUUUGGGGGUACAUGUGAGUGUAAAAAUUCUUUAAAACGCCGUGCAUUAAGAAUUAAGACGUUUGAAGUCCGCUAUUUAACCGCGAAAAGUAAUGCUGUGAUUACUUAGUAGCCCACCUAGACCAGUAGAAAAAGAAAAACAAAAUUAUGAAGAAACAGCGCUAGCACCGGGUAACCCUAGGUUUUUGGAGCAGCUUAUACAGAAAAACCCUUUUUCAGAAGAAUUAUGAGAGAUAUAUGAAAAAUGUUGAAAACUUCUGGCGUGGAAAACUCGAUGGCGAAGAAGAAGAAAACUCUAAAACGUUUUGGUUCCCUGUUGAGGAAAGUCAGACUGUUAUCAACGGGGAUCCAACAAGGUUGAAUAUUUUCAUUUAUUUAUUAUUAUUUGAUUUUAUUUUGUUAGCGAGGAGCUUACGAUAGAUCCUUGUGGAACUCCAAUGUUUUUGUUUUUUUUAGACAUUGACGAGUGCAGUGCUUCUCCUCCUGUAUGUGACGUCAAUGCCAACUGCUCCAAUACUCGUGGAUCGUAUAUCUGCACCUGCAAGGCAGGAUACAACGGCGAUGGAAAAACUUGCGGAGGUAGGAGAAAAUAAUUAGUGAAUCUAAAGGUCAGUUACUUUACUGUUAUAACAUCAAUUAUGGAAGUUUCCUGCGGACGUGUGACAUCAUAGCGUUCAAAAUGGUGGAUAAUGAGAUCGGCAAUCCGCUGAAUCCGCCGGUAAGUUUUCGUAUCCAACAUUGUAUGACGUCAUACCUCAUGUUAUGCCUAUGCUUUAGCCUAUAACACGGAGCGAGCAACUUCCUUGUAUUCUUAUCAAGGCGUUUUCACCGACCAUUUUGGCGUGAAUUUAGACUAUCUUUUAGGUCUCCCAAACCAGUCAGCAAAACGAAAAUGUCUGAGAAUGGCAUUUCUGACUUUUAAAUAACUCUGCAUCAUGAGAGGCCACUUAAGAUCAUGUACUUCCUCACUUUCGUCCAAAGUGCAAAUGGCGCGUAAAUUUAAAUCAUCUAUCUCAUACUAAGGAUUAGAUUCGAAUAAGGAUGUAGGACAUUACAUUCAAACUUAUUUAUACAUACAUGCACUAUUCUAUAAUUCAAUUCAUGUCUACAUUUUAAUGCACGUGCACAUAUAACGUACUUAUUUUUCUAAAUAUAUAAUUACUUCUUUUAAGAAGUAGUUACUUAAAAUUACCUUUAGCAAUUACUGAAUAAGGCUGAGUAGGAUAAAGAGUUUUGCAGAUCGAGGAGGUUGUUGAGGUGCAUAACAUCCUCCGAGAUCUGCAUGAUUCUUUACAUUAUAGGAAAGCCAAAAUUCAUUCAUUGUUUUAUUUUUCUUUCAAAAUAUUUGUUAAUUCUUUUCUAACAAUUUUACAUCAUCGAAGACUUUCUUCAAAUCUUUGGCCUAUUCCUAAGCACAGUUUUUCUUUGCAGUGCUCCCCAAAAAGUAGAUAACAUCCAUCUCGUGAUUUGUUUUGUGCAUUCUUGCAAUUCUUCCGUUCAGUUUUACUUUAAAGUUCAGCUGUUCCGGAUAGUCGUGAACGUCUUUUUUUCAGAGUUCACUGGUGAAUAAUCAGCUAGGCGGCCGCACCCGGAAACGAAGUUGAUCAAUUUCAUAUUUAGAAGAUUCGAGCAUUAUACCUUCGAUUUAAAUAGCAUAUUGCUCCAUCCUCCAAAUAUGGUAAACGCCAGUUGAUUAGGGGCUUUGACCCAAUCAGAAACGGCGAAAUAUUUUAAAUGAAUAAUUGUAAUUAACGUAUUUCAUUUACGCUAUUUCAUUUUACAGUUGUUCAUUUAUGUUCAGAUGAGUGAAACAAGCUCUAUAUAAACAAAACGAAAUAGAAAACAAUUCUGUACUGUGAAACUAAUCAAAUACGUUCGUCAACUCACGUUUUUUUAAUGUAAAAAUCGAAAAAUUUGUGGGUGGCAAUAUUAAUCUUUCGCAUUUCCGGUGUCUGGCAUCAGGUGGGGGAAUUUAAUUACAAGUGUCGGUUUAAUACAGGUUGGCAACAAUAAAAAUGACCAUUUCAGGUACUCUUCAGGUGCCCGCGUCCGCUUAAAGGGAAAUAAAUUUGGGGACUUCGGGUACUGUCCUCUUAAUAGAGGACAUCCGCUUAAUGCGGUGUCCGCUUAAUACAGGUUUCACUGUAAGUGAUAUCAAUUUCGAAAAAAGACGUUACCUGAGUUACCUUUUCUUUUCUCUUCCCUUAUAUCAGUUUUUGCAGAGGGACUGACUGACUCCGUUAUCGUAGGAGAUAAUGUGCAUCACUUAGCCAAUUUAAGUACAUGGCUCAAACCAGUCGCCCAAAGCGAAUCUUCAAAAUGGAAGCGCUGUUGGCGUGCGUCCGUGGAUGGCUGGGCUGCCAGUACUUUUCACAGCGGAUGUAACAACAAAGGACCAACUGUAACAAUCAUAAGAGUCGGAGGGAAAUACAUAUUUGGAGGCUACACUAACCUCUCAUGGGGUAAGUGAUCUAAUUUUAACAGUCUACACACCAUACAAAGCCAGCCAUCUUUUAGGAUCGCACCGUCGUUGCGCAUACCAAGCUGGAGAGAUUGUUGGCGUACGGACCCUCGACCGGCCCCUCUUUGACAAUACUCUUUACUUACUCUCUCCAUUUUAACAAGAAAAAAAUGUUUGGGAAUUCGGGUUUGUAUGUUUAACACCAAUUUUGUUGGGUUACUUCGACUUCAUUAGGGAAUGGUAUUCUUAUCCGUAAUGGUAACGUUGUUUCAUGCAAGAAAGUCAAACAAUGAUACUAUUAAGAAAAUUAACAGCUUUUUAAAUAACAUUAUGAAAUAAAACAAGUGUAAUGGGAAAAUGAGGGAUAUCGGUGUUGGAGAGGGUUAGGGCUACAUCUUUAUAUUACUAAGACGACUUUUUCUCUGAUUUUCUUUUAAUAAAGCGUAAAUAAGGCGAAGUAGUAGUAUACAACGUGAAGAAAGUUGCAUUACACAGGGAUGAGUCAGCUUGUCACUGAUGACUUUCACCGUUGUAUAUAUAACAAUUAUUCCUCGAGUCCGAGGCAAUAGCCCAUGAGGCCGAAGUUCGAAUGGGCUAUUGACUCAGAGGCCAUGAGGGCGAGAGGAAUAAUUGUUUUAGUAAAAUUCAACUAGAUGGUCAAAAAUAUCGAGACAAAACAACUUAAAGUAAGACUUUAAUCCUUUUUUUAGCCGCCAAAAAUCAGGCGCUUUUCGCUACUAGUGGGCUAUAACAUAUAGCCUAGUAGUAGCUCAACCAAUCAGAACGAAGCGUUGAUAAUAGACCGCUAGUUGGAUUUUACUAAAAGCGGUUAUAUUCUUCUAAUAUUUUACCAGUCGCAACUCAGCCAGGAUUUUUUGCGAGCCAUGUUAGUUUUGAUUUUUGAGCUAACUUGAAUGGGUGCGACUGGAACUUCAAACGUAGCGGGUGGAACUUCGGGAGUUGCACAGCUUUCUCUUCCAUAUAUAAUAAUUUUAAAAAGUUUUGUUGUGAAUUUCUUAGACAAGAAAUUGUCCAGGUUCUUCAUAAAGUUAUUGUCCAGGUUUUUUCGCAGGUUGCUUUUUAAGUUUUUUUUGUUUUGUUUUGUUUUUUCAAAAACAAUGUGUUUGGUUGUAAAUUUAGAGCGGCGUUGACAGCCACGAGCAGGCGGCCGCAGCGCAAUGCCGUAAUACCAGGCACAGACGGAAACGCCGAGUUAAUUAUGGAAAAAUCUCCUUGCCUAUAGUUAUUUUUAUGUUUAUUAUUAUAUGUUUGCAAAGUUUUCACGACAACACCGAGUUAAUUAUGAAUUCUUCUCGCAUGUCCUUUUGCAAAGCUUCCACGCCAUCCACUUUGACGAACAUACCAAUGGCUUUUCCACCGAGCAUCAAAAAGCUCUAUUAUAAUCAAUGUUUUGGUGGUCUUGCGCCAAGUCGUAGGCCUCAUGCAAUUUACAAUAUUUCGCCACACCUUCGUCUGAAAGGGGUUUCUCCAGUUAAUGAGUUGGGACCCGGUCGCCUCUUUGAAUUUUCCCGUGGAAACAAGCACUGCCAGAUUUUCGCGUUGUUCUGGAAUUUUGUUGGCGGGUAGGUAAAUCUGAGGGUAUCGAAUUAUCGAUGGGCUCCACUGUGACAAUAAAGGAUAUGACGACCUUAGAAGAAUUUAUCUUAAUCAACACUCUCCACCAACGCCAAAGUGUAUGGGGUGGUGGUGGGGGGAGGGUCAAAUGGGGAAGAUGUAUACUGCUACUUGCCUUGCAGUGAGUAUUGACUCAAAAUCUAAAAUCAUUUUUCAGGUUGAACAAAGGCUUUUAUCUGACAUACCAAAACCAAGAGUAUCCGACCCUCACAAAAAGUCCUUACAAAAAGUGUAGCCACUGAUGACCAACACCGCAGUUAGCUAAAGAGCUCACAGUUUGAAAAUAAGGUUUAGUCGAAAUUGGUGACGUUCUUUAUAAUUAUCAGUUAAUUAGCUCUCUCCGCCUUGCAAGAACUUUUACAAACUUAAAUCAAGGGCGAACUAUAACAAAAAGAUAAGAAUGACUAAAUCUGCAACAUAUGAGAUAAAGUUUAUAACAUUAUUUAUAGCUUUGAAAGUCAUCAAAUGAUGUACAUUCAAUGCACCUUGAUAUUUUGUCCAUUGAGACAAUUCAUUUUUGUAUGUCUUUUCCCCCAUUUCAAAAUCAUCAUUGUUAUUGUCAAAAAAAUUUAUGUUUUGGGAUUCAUCAAAAUCAAACAGAUAUUUUCACUACAAUGUGUAUUCUCAGUUUAGAUAGCUUCUACAGCCGUCUUAGCCUUUUGCCUUUAUUCACAUAGAAAGAAACAAAAUAACAAAAAAAGAUUAUUAAAACCAGCGUGCAAAAACAAUCUAGAAACGGGGAGACAUUAACCUUCUCUAGCAAGAUCAUCAACAAUGUCAACUUCACUUUAUGUGCAGAAAUUCAGUUACCAUCAAUUACUGAAUAUGACAAUUUUGUCUCUAGGCUUUGCUAGCUAUUGUGUAGUUCCUCUCUUGACGUGCCAGUCGGUGAAAAUUGUUUGAUGAGGGUUGCACUGUUUUAUGUUUAGAAUGCUGUGAUUAUAAUUGCUCAGGUCUUACAAGCCUGGCCACCCAUUUUCAUUCACUUAAUUAUUAGCACACUGAAAGGACUAGGCAAGGUAUGCAUCUCAUGAAAGCUUGCAUUAGCCAACGUCAGCCUACAUGUACAUCUCUAAUAUUGAACAUCCAUAUCAUGGUCAAAACAAAGGAAAAGCAAAGUAAGGGAAAAAAUGAACAAGCGUUUCUUCAAGCACAUUUUAUAACUGACAGCAUUGAUAUGGAUUCAAACAUACAAGUUACCGACGAAUGACACCACGCGUCUUUACGGGGAGGGGGAAUCUGUCGAGGAUUGGACGAAGACUGAAGCCAGUAAUUGUAAAUUAUGCUUAAUUUUAACUAAUCACGUCAGCUAGUUUCCAAUCGAGACUUUUAACUAUGCAUGUCUGUCGUCUUCAGAUCAAUAUGUGCAUCGAACAGCAUUACCGUGAUACAGGCUCACAUUACCAAUAAAUAGCAAUAAAGACUUUAUAAACGAGUUAAAAUGGCUAGCCUAUUCACACACUGUAAACUAAUUGUGAACAGCUAUCUAAAUUAAAAACAAACAAACAAACAAACGAACGAACGAACGAACGAACGAACAGACAAACUCGAAAACCCCGGCUACCCGCCCCACUAGUUAUUCUAAGAGCUACACAGGUGACUGUUCUUACAGGUGAGGGUUCUUAGGGGAUCGUUUGUACAUAUUGUAUAUAGUUCCCCCGAAUUUCUUACUUGCUUAUACUGUACAUAGUUUUUCCGAAUUUCUCACUUGCUUAUACUGUACAUAGUUUUUCUUAAUUUCUUAAUUCUUAUGUUCUUUUAUUUUUCUUUUUUCUUUUUUCAUUUUUAAUUAAUUAAUUGAUUUAUUCUUUUUAAACUUAUUUUAGUGUCCCAACUUAGCGGUUAUACACCGCUAUUACAGUUUUGACACUUUAUUAAAGGUAUCAUCAUCAUCAUCAUCAUCAUCAUCAUCAUCAUCAUCAUUCUCGAUGUCCACUUCUCUCACCUGCUGGUUCUUAAAAGAAGAGAGUGUUUCAGAACUCUUAAUGCGCAUACUUAGUUUGGACCAUAUUAUAGGACCAAUACAUCUUAUACUGUGGUUUCCAGAGGUGGUAGUAUGCAUCCUAGAAUCAUAAAAUUGUCUGAAUUUCUCAGGGUAUAACUUCGGUUGGUUAUUAAUAAAAAAUAUCAGAUAUAUAGCAAGGGCAUAAAUUAUACUUGACUCUGUACUUAACUAUUGCUAUCUUCCUUAAUACUUUGUCUGAUUUUAAUCAGAUCCUAGUGUUCAAAAGAUCACUGAAAAAUGGCAUCAUGAAAGACUGCUUUCUUUCCAACCAGUCGACUUAGUCUCAAUACAAAAAAAAACUUGAAACAUUUAGACACAAGAAAAUCAGUAGGCGUUGACGGCAUUUUUCCUCGAGUUCUAUCGCUGUCUGCCCCGGCAAAAGCAGAGGAAGUGGUCAAGUUGAUUAACAAAAUUUAUUGAGAAACACGAUUGGAUAUUGGAAUUGAAAAGAACCACUGUCUCGCCUAUUUUCAAAAACAAUAAUGCAACAGACAAGAAAAACUACAGACCUGUUUCUGUGCUUGGAAGCAUGGCUGAAUUGUACGAGAGAGUUAUUUACGUCCAAUUAUGUGGCUACAUUCGACCACACUUUUCAUUGAACCUGUCUGGCUUCCUUAAAGGACAUUCAUGCUGCUCGAUCUGCUCUUUUAAAGACGACCGAAGGCUGGCGCAUUAAUCUUGACCAACGAAGUCAAUGUUGACGUAGUAGUGGUCGACCUAAGCAAAGCGUUUGACUCUGUCUGUCGCAAUCUCCUUUUGGCCAAGCUUAAGGCGUAUGGGCUGACAGAUAGUGCUCUGGACCCGUUAGCCGCCUACAUUAAGGGUCAACAAUAAAGAUUUAAGAUAGAAGGAACAUUUUCACAGUGGAGAGACAUCAGUGCUGGUGUUCCCCAAGGCUCUCUUCUUUUCCCUCUGCUGUUCAACAUCUUUUAAAGCGUCUUAAAUCACUUUGCUCAAAUACCUCGCUAAGAUUAUACGCGGAUGAUAUAACUUUGUAACUAUACUGCUGAUACCUCGGCAGCCGUCCUAGAAUUUGUCACCAAUUAACGAUGCCUUAAGCUCCUUAUCGGACCGGUUCAAUGUAAAUUAUCUUACAAUAAACCCAGACAAGACACAAGCUCUCGUCCUUGGUCAUUCAAAUUAUGAAUUCGCUCUCCGAAUCGAUAAUGCGUCCGUAUCUGUUUCUGCACAGUUAAAAAUUUUAGGAGUAACUCUAGACAAAAAGCUUGCUUUUAAGGAACAUAUUUCUCUCCAGUUGGAAAAGGGGUUACAGAAUGACAGCAGCACUGAGAAGAUCACGUCGCUUUCUCCCGUUCGAAACUAUGAAAAGGCUUUACAAGGCAUUUCGAGUACUGUGCGCCUACUCUAAGGAAUCGGAAAUGGCCAGUCAAAGAGAAUGGAAGACGCAUAUGUCUAUAGCUUUCUAUUUGCCCAAAUCGUGCUCUUAUGAUGCAAGCGGCUGGUAUCAAAUUCUUAGAAUACCGCAGAAUUUUCCCAUCAUUAGUCUUGUUUUUUUAGGUGUCUCAAAAUUGAUGCCCCCGAAUAUCUACAAUCUUUUUUUACGAUACGUAAAUGCGACAAGAAUGAUUUGUGAGACUUUGGCUUCAGGGUGCAACAACAAAAUAUCUCAACAUCAUUGAACAUCAUGGCUUCGGCAUUCUUUCAAUCAUGCAAUACAUGUAAUUCGCAUCUUGAACAAUUUGCCAUCAGAAGUUCAUCAGUCUGAGGAUCUUGCGACUUUAAAAAAAAACAUUUAUUCAAAUUGAAACCUUCUUUAGACGUCAAUUGUAAAUGCUCAUUAUAAAUUACAAAUGUGUUAAUAAUUUUUAAUUGUUACUUGUAUUUUAUGUAUAUUUUUAGAUCCUUUUUACACAAUGUAUCAUUGUAAUUUUUUAUAUGUAAAUAAUAAUUAUUCCGGGAGUAUGUAUAGAUUUUAAAUUAUCCCGCCUGAGGUCCUCUUGAUAAAAUAGACUAUGCAGUAUGUCCGUCUAUGUCUGUCACAAUGUACUGAUCUUAGCGCUCUCUCGAAGAGUCUUUCAAUCUUUUUCCUAUUAGAUUUUUACAAAAGCGCCAGACCGUCUGACAAUAAGUUAAUUGUGGCAAAAUAAAAGAUUUGUGAAUUAUAAGCUUUGAUAGUAAUGUUGGUAUUAAAUUUUUCAGUCUCACCAGGACCCCUAUUUUUCUAGAUACUCUUUUACAUAGUUCAUCUAACUGGCUAGUAAACUUCAGAUGCUCAUCAAAAGUGACAUCCAAUAGCUUUAUUGCUGGACCCUUUUCUAAAUAUUUGUCGAGGACCUUAAUUUGAUCUUCAUCACUUCGUUCAUGAACCCCUGCCUUAAACUAAUCGACUGGGAAUUUGUAAGGAUUACAUUUCAACAAAUUGAGUUGGCACCAAUUUGAGAUUCCCUUCUCUCGUUUGUUAGGGUCCUUUCCACCUCUUCCAUCUUCUCACUAGCAACAUACAUUUUAUGGUCAUAUGCAUACAUCUUGAUGAUGCUUUUGUCAGUAUUGUAGACUGAGUCUUCCUUGAAAACAUUCAAAAUUUGAGCCUUGGGGCAUCCUCUAAAUAUUUCUUUCCAUUUGCUUGAAGUCUCAUUUGAAAUUCUAACAUUAUUCCGAUGGUUGCGUCGGUGAAACCAUAUGCCCUCAACUUCGCCAAUAAAAAAGACACCGUUAUGACGACAUCAUAAUGGGAUUUUAUGACAAGGCAUUUGAUAAUGGUUUGCAGGCCAAGGCGCCAGGUUCCAAGCCUAUCUUAUUUCCAGCCAAUCAGAAUUUAGGGCGUUCCGGACUAUAUCAUUCUUAGGGGCGCUUUUCCAUGUGCUCGCCCCCUUUCGAUCGCUCACCAUCACGUUGUUCACAUCGCUGGUUCGAACCAAUUUUCAGCAUUUUGUAGGCAUGUACCCUCUUUUCGUUUUAUCUUUCCUGUUAUUCAAUGGCUGAGCCCCGUGUUUUAGUUCUGGGCGAUUCUUUUAUUCGCCGUUUGCGCCUUUUCCUGUCCUGUGAUUCUUACCAUUUUAGCGUUGAUUUCAAGUUAUCUCACCGUGCCUUUAUAAAAUGGCACGGAGUCGGUGGCCGUACGGUUUCCAAAACGCUCCAUCUUGACUUGAAUGUUAUCGAGUCCUUUCGACCCGAGAUAGUUAUAAUGCAGUUGGGUUUCAAUGAUUUAACAGACUCUGACCCUUUACAUGUUGGCUCAGCUAUUGAAGAUUUUGUUAGGCUCUUGCAUGACACCUAUGGUGUUAAGGUUGUCUGCGUGUGCCAGACCAUCAUGCGCCAGGGCGCAGUGGUCUUUAAUCGUAAGGCCAAGUUGUUAACGAAAUACCUUCGGGUAGUUUUAGAGUCUAUACCUUAUGCUAUCUUUUGGGGCCAUAGGGGUUUUUGGCGCCCGACUCAGAACUUUUACGCACGUGAUGGUGUGCAUCUCAAUUCCUUUGGUCAGGAAAAAUACCAUCGUAGUCUUAGGGGAGCAAUCCUAAGGUCCUUGAGCCUGUUCAGCCCUUUUUCGUCUUGUUGAAUUUUCAACGUUUCAUUUCAUUUCCCAGUCGAGCCUUUUAAAGUUUACGUACUUCCCUCGCCAUACCUUUGUUUUAGUGACAGCCGUUUACGUUAGCGCCUUUAUUUAAUUGGGCGCAUUCUAUUUGGGGUGCACUCAUUGUUCUUACAGUUCUACAGAACUGUUGUUUGCCUUUCGUGCAUAACAGAUUGUAUUUGCUGGAGUUGGCCUUAUACAUACUUUGUAUCCUGGUGAAUAUUAUGAGUGUGCAAUCCUAUUCGACCACCCUUACUUGGGUGUGUCCUCAAUGCACUUUGAUAUUCUUUUACCAGGCAUUUAUGUCACUCAAUUCUUGCUACAUGGCUCGCCAUUUGGUUUUCAGCAGACAUACAAACACACAAAACUCAAAGGAAAAAUCAACAUCCCGGCUCAGACCUUUUAUUUAUUUGCUCCUCUUUGACUCAUACCGUUUUGAUAUCUUAUCUUAUCUUAGCGGAAACAUAUGGCAUUUAGCCUUAUCUUAAUCUAAUUACUUUUACUUAUCCAAGUUAUGCCUCCUAAGCCGAAGCGAACGUCUCAGUCACGCACGCGAAGUUCUGCAAAGCGGGCACGUGUAACAGAACCGAUGGAAACCAGCCCUGGACCGAGUGAUCAACAACAAGAAGAGGAGCCUCUCAUGGCCGUUAAUAUGCAGGCCCUCUCGGCCUCCAUUUCUAGCGCAGUACAGCUAGUUGUCGGGGAGGCGAUGAAAGCGCAAUGGCCAGCCGCAUCCAGCCAGGAGACACAGUCCUCCACGGACCAGUCAGUGGCCAAUAUAGUCAACGCAUCCUUGGCCGAGAUCACCCAAGGUACUGCAUCACGUAGCGAAAACGUUGUCACCUUAGCUGAGCCUGGGUUAGACUCGCCGGCUCCGAAGCAAAUGUUUUCUAGAGUGGCUGUUUCUCUUAGCAGUCGGGUGAGUUCCAAAGUCAAGGCAAAAAUCUGGUCCAAUGAAUAUCUUGAUUUUGGAACUCUCCUUUCGUUUUCUCCCAAUAAUCAAAAGUAUUCUCUGUCUCUCGCCUCUUCGGAUGGUGAGACCACCCACCCUCACUUAACUUUAGAACCUAGCCAACCAGUAAAAAAGAUCCAAACUAUCAACCAGUGGCUCUCUGCAUUUAACAUUUUUGUUGCGAUCUAUUCUGAAAAACUAACCACGGACACACCCAAGCUGAUGAAAUAUUGUGAAAUUGUCCGCGAUAUCGCCGCAAAACCAGGUGACUGGUUGUAUUAUGACGAACAAUUUCGUUUCAUAAGGCAAUCAGCCCCUGCACAAUACCCAUGGGACACUAUUCACCUGGAACUUUGGCUAAAGGCUGUGACAAAUUUUCGUCCGAAAACCCAAUUUUCCUCGGAUAAGGGACCACUGCGCUCCCUCUCCCAGUCCUUUCCGAGAGGCACAUGCUGGCGUUUCCAUGCGGGAAAGGUGUGCAACGGGUGCCGUUUCGAACACAUUUGCUAUAGGUGUGGCUCAAAACACCCUGCCGCACAGUGUUCCUCCAGCCAACCUAAAACACACCCCGUCAACGCAGGCAUUUCAAACGUCGCUGCACAAGCCAGUAACACCCGUAAAGGUGGAUCGGCUUAAUUUCCUUCUUAGCGGAUACGAAACUUCUCUCCGCCUUUAUUUAGUUAAUGGGUUUACUUUUGGUUUUCGCGUUGGUUUUGAUGGGGAACGCUGCGCGUUGCACUCACCCAACCUUAAAAGCGCUUUAGACCAACCGCAAAUCGUUGGGACCAAACUACGUAAAGAGUGUGAGGCCGGGAGGAUAUGUGGUCCUUUUAUUUGCCCUCCUUUUCCAAACUUUGUUUGUUCUCCUUUAAGCAUUGUUCCCAACAAAGACCCCUCUGAAUUCCGUUUAAUUCAACACCUAUCGUACCCUCCGGGCACCUCAGUAAACGAUAACAUACCGGACGCACAUUCUUCGGUUCACUACGCUUCUAUUUCUGAUGCCAUUGCGGUACUUAAAAGUUUAGGGGCUGGUUGCUUUUUGGCCAAAACCGAUAUUAAAUCGGCUUUCAGGAUUAUUCCAAUCCAUCCGUUCGAUUUUCCUUGGCUAGGCAUGAAAUGGGAUAAUCAGUUGUACUUUGACGUAUGUCUUCCUAUGGGACUGUCAUCCUCGUGUCAAAUUUUUGAAGCUUUUAGUUCUUCCUUGGAGUGGAUCUCUGUGCACCGAUUUGCCGCAUCCGGAGUUCUUCACAUUCUUGACGACUUUCUUUUUAUUGCGCGUACCGAAGAGCAAUGCCGCACCGAUUUAAGCAAUUUUCUUCGUAAGUGUGAUUAUCUCGGCGUGCCCAUUGCUCAGGAAAAAACUUGUGGACCAUCUCAAGUCAUACAAUUUGCGGGUAUCACACUCGAUUCAAUUACUCAGGAAGCUCGUUUGCCGGAAGAUAAGCUUCAAAAAUGCCGCCUAUUACUUGAAUCCUUUUGCAAACGUCGUAAAGUUACUUUGCGAGAAUUACAGUCCCUUAUAGGUCUAUUAAAUUUUACCUGUUCUGUAAUCGUCCCUGGGCGUGCUUUUCUUCGCCGCCUAAUUGAUCUCACUAUUGGGGGGAGACGCCCACAUCAUCGCAUUAGGCUCACUAAAGAAACCAAACACGAUAUGGAGGUAUGGCUAAAAUUUCUGAGGGAAUUCAAUGGCCGUUCCUUUUUCUUGGAUGAUAAGUGGAACACAUCUCCUCCUAUCGAAUUGUAUACCGAUGCGGCCGGAUCAAAGGGCUAUGGUGCUAUCUUUGGCCCUCACUGGUUCUUCGGCUCUUUUACGGAUCAGUGGCAACCCUUCAAUAUUACCUUUCUCGAACUAUUUCCUAUUGCCCUCUCAGUGCGUAUUUGGGGUUUUCAUAUGGCUAACCGAUGUAUCGUGUUUGUUACUGAUAACGCUGCGCUGGUCAGUAUUAUCAAUCAACAGACAUCCAAACACAAAUUAGUUAUGAUAUUGAUCCGUGACUUGGUUCUAACUGCUCUCAAUUAUAACAUUAUCGUUCGCGCUCGACAUAUACCAGGUCUUAAUAAUACCCGGGCCGAUUGUCUUUCUCUGUUGUCUUUCUUUUAGAACUCAGUUUGCACGGAACUUUGUAUGGAUAUAAAACUUUCUCUAAAUAUACAUUAAAUGUGGAGUGCCCCAGGGGUCGAUUUUAGGUCUAGUGCGUUUUUGUUAUACAUCACUGAUUUGUGCAAUGUGUCAAAGGCCUUGGAUUUCAUGCUACUUGCCGAUAAUACUAACAUAUUUUGUUCUCGUUAAGACCCAAAUCAACCGAUCAGUGGAAAUCGGAAAUUCCAAACUGAAGAAACUACCAAGCUGAUUUCAGGCUAUUAAGCUUUCUAUUAUUUUUUUAGUAUUCUAAGCAAUACAAAUGAAGUUUAUGCCUUAAUAAGGACUCCUUAUUGUAAGUACUUUCUAUCAUAGUUUACGAAAGUCUGCGGCUCAAAAUUAUCAGUGAAAUAUCAAAAGUCUGCUUACUCUUUAUCAACGGCUUAUUAGGAUAGUUUUCAGGAGUACGUUUGAUGAAAAUACCAAUACCAUUUUUAGGAGCUUACGGAUUCUAAAAUUAGAAGAUAUUAUCAAACUUCGAAUAGGCAAAGUUAGGUAUAUUACAAAAAGCGGCGUUCCUCCUGAUAGUUUGACUAACAUGCCAGCAGAGGGGAAUAGUUUGAGCUGGACCACACCCAAGCCGUGAGAGUGAUCACUUAGAAAAAGAACUGGCGCGCUCCCGACCCAGAUUGAACUGCCAAUUAUUGGUGGAAGAAAGUUUUCUAGCUAAAAAGAGUUUACCAGGUGUAGCGGAACGAUAGAGACUAGAUCGCAUAGUCUGUCAGGACAGCCGAAGAGGCGUAUGGGCCGCAUCGAUGUUAGCAAGGCGAACCAUUCUGUUGAUCAUCAAUGGUUGAGAAACUGAUGUUAACGCUUCACUGGUUACCGGAAUGGAUAGAAAAAGCGCUAUACCGACCGAGUUCGCGAUGGAAUACACAGAUAGUAGAGAGAACAAAACAAGGAGUGGAGACAUAUGACGAAAUAAGAUUCAAGAGUUGUCUCCCCCAGGGAGAUGCCUUAUGCCCACGCUUAUUCAUGCUAAGCACUAAUCCUGUCCUUUGGAAAUCAAAAGCAACAAAAGCCUACAAGCUUUCUAAGUCCAUUGACAUGCAAGUCACACAUCCAUUGUUUAAAGAGGAUCUCAGUAAGAUUUAAGUAGCAUCCGAGGUAAACUGCAGAGGGAAAUGAGAUCUAUGAGAGAGGCUAUGAUGGAUGUAGGUCUGCAAUGGAGUGAAAAGAAGUGUGCAGUGGUUCAUGAAAAGAGAGGAUGUCUCUCUGAGAAUUCAGAGGGAAUGAAGAUCGGUGACUCUGAAUUGACACAGAGUUUGAAGCAUGGAUCCUUUUACAAAUUCCUACCGGUUAUGGAAAAUUUCAAACAAGAAGAUCAGCUUGUGCUAAAAGGUGCAGCGAAAGUUUUCCUACAGAGAAUGUCAGUUAGGUUAUCUGGAAUAUCCCUUUGUCCCUCUAUAAUGAAGUGCUGGCAUCUAACAGGUUCACACUGCCCGUCCUGUAAUAUCUGAUGUCUAGACUCAAGUUUGGCCAAUAUAAUUGCAUGCUGACCUACAACAACUAGACAGAGAGGUAAGAAAGGUGAUCACCCAGAGCGGAGGCAAACACCCCUUUGGGAUCAACAGAACUGAUGUACCUCCCUGGGAAACUCGAAGGAAGAGGCGUUAUAAAAGUCAAUGGAGGAAGAAUAUAUAUUGACUAAGAUCAAAGCGGCGGUCAAGCUGUACAGUAACCAGACCCCGUAAUGCAGUUGGGUAGAAGAUAUGAAGAGAACGCUGAGGAAAGUAGUCGACGAGCCUUAAUUAAAGAUGCCAAGAAAUAUGCCCAGGAACUGGGCUUGGAACUUCAACCCAAAUCCCGUUGGUGAAACAGAUGAGGUGAAUGGAGCGUUAAUUGCGCGGCGGGGGAUGUGCCAAGGAAAAAUUAAAGAAAAAGUGAAUGGAAGAAGUUAAAAAUGACAACUGGCAACGAAACUGCUGGUGGCAACCAGGUGGAAUGACAAGGAAUUGGACGGUGACUAGCAGAAGAUUGGAGAUCAGUCAGCCGUCUAGUACCAUCGCUGGCGCACAGGAAUUGUACCAGCAGCUCCUUUCAACGAAAGUUUAUCACCAUGAGAAGAAGGAUUGAAUCCAUUACCUGAUGUCACAUGCUGAAGAGUUCACGCCGCACGUGCUGGCUGUCUACUCGGCGCAGACCAAAUACCUCGCUCUCUUUGAGUUGCUAAAAAAACUGACAAUGUUCCCCCUUUGUUUUCUCCUACCGAGCCAAAUCCAGUAGACGAUAAGCAUAGAGCUAAAGCUUAUUGGGAUGUGCUAGUUUAUGCAAAGAACACUGAAGUCAGACUAACCACAAUAGAUGUCAGAAAAAUUAAUAAGGAAGAUAAGAAAGCCACACUACUAGAAAUGAGCUGCCCUUGGAUGGAAAACAGAGAAGAAAAGGAGUCGAAGAAGACCAUGAGAUAUGCGCCACUUCGUCGGUUUUGAGCUCAAGAUGCAGAAGUGGCCCAGGGGUGAUAAUAUCAUUGUUGAUGUAUUUGGAGGUGCAUCUAUGAACACGGCUAAGAGUAAUAUAUAGAUUUAGCCAGGGCUAAAAGCGACGCUCCUACUAACUCGAAUUUAUAAUUUAAGUCAAACACUUGUAUGUUUGUAUUCCACAAAUCAGUUAACUUUAGAGGACAUUCAUGUGACUUUUGACGGAAAGGCUAAGUAAUUUUAGAGAAAAAUAGUUUGCAAAGAGUCCAAGCUAAGAGUGAAAUUAAUCUUAAAUCGACUUGAUAGCCUUAUUUGUACACCUAAAAAAUAGCAUAGCCAUAAUGGUUCUUGAUCAGAGUACAUUAGGAAAACAAAUCAGGCCGAAUUUUUUGCGUUCGAUAAGUUUACUUUACAAAAUCUUGCCAACAACUCUGGGGACGUGUAAACCAACCUUUUAUACUUUUUAUACAUCACAUCUGAGGUGAAAUAGUACCAUGAGGCGCUGUUUUUAUCAUACAGACCUCGGACAGAAUGCAGUGUUUCACAAUUUUGCAAUACAAAUUGCACUCACUCAAUAUUCAGGACGAUCGAAGCACGCGUUAGCUAAACCGUUAAAAAAUUUCCAAAAUCAGCUAUACGGCGAGCCGGUUCUCACUUUGACAAAGUCGACUGUUUAAAUUAAGAUUGACACAGUUAUAUGCUUCAACAUAAUGGCUUUAUAACGAUGUGUAAUCUUCAAAAGCGUUUGAUACGCGCGGCAUUUUGACUACUCCUGCAAGCUACAAUCCUGGACAAAACUACUUGAGAAAAUGUUUUCUUUAAUGCGCACUACCUAACGUAACAAAACUAUUUUCAAAUCAACGGCUUUGCGUAACGAAAACCCCCUCCCCCAGUUCAAAGUUGCUUACUACAAAUGCUUAGGGAUCGGGCUUUCUUUUGAAGACCCAACAGAACUGCUUCCAGGGGAGGGGGGAGGGAAGAAUUGGUCGACUACCAAGUUUAGAAAAAAUGCUCCCCAAGUAUGCAAUUUUCUCAACGGUUUUGUCCAAGAUUGUAUAUAAGGUUAUUCGCGUUUUGUAGCAAGAAUAUUAACAUGGACAAAACGGAAACCUACCAAUAAAAAGCACUUUACAGAAGCUGUUUUGAGCACAAAGUUUCACGGCACACCAUCUUCUCAUAGAAAAGUACGACUUCAUAUACGUUUUUUCCUGCACCCUCUUAAAACAGUAAGAUUUUGCAGUAGCCGUAGAACGCGUGCUCAUUGUUACAUGUUUUCGUGUUGUUCAAACCUGGCAGGCUUGGAAAUUGUGGAAAGUGGUUUAUAGCUUUAAGAAGAGUCAGAGCAAGACUUGGGUGACGGUUUUCUUAGAAGAAAAGAAGUUCGUAGUGUUUAUUUAGUGACGUAUAGUGAAGCCAAUAUGGAAACGUAUCCCGUCACGUGGAAACUGCUUCUCAGAUCUUAAAAUUGGCUAAACUAUGAGGGUUACAGAAACCUCGUUUGCUACUAGUCGGUUAACUUUUUAUGAUAAUUCCAUCGAUAGAAUAAUGUUACGAUUAACAAAGCAUUGAAACGGUUAACACCAUUUCGUUUUUAAAAGUAAAUGGCCUUCUUAUUCUGAUGAAACGUCCUUGUUAAUCGUUGUUAACCGUUGCUAAUCUUGGUAGCACCUUAAAAAUGUCCUGUUAAUCGUUCCGAAUCUUAGAUAUUGUGGAGAGAAAGAGAUUAGAAGACAACUGUGGCAAUUUUUACUAUCUCUUGCUUUACAAAUGAUGAAUUUAUCUCAUAAUUUCUUCCAGUCAUAUGUAACUAUAAAUAGCCCGAGGGCAAAACAUGCACUCUUACAGGUCACACGAUAGUACAUCUUGUCACAUUACCGCGCGUGACAUUUCUAGAUUUCAUAGUGUGAUUUUUUGCACUGGACAUCGCUACAAUGUCAAAAGUAAGCUUUCAAAUUUGGAAAGUAAAAAUACAAGUUUUGUUAAUAUUUCAACCUCUCUCCAUUUGAUGCUGUUAUUCAUGGCAAGCGCUUGUUCAUUGACUUUGAUUGUUUUAUCUAUUUCGGCGAUGAGAAAAUUGGGCAAAGUAUGGGUUACGCGCUCUGAAAAUUCAGCAAAAGUUUCAUGUGUUAUUUGUUGGUCGAAUGGUAGCAGGUGAAAUUCCCGUUUUCUGGCUGAUCCCCUUGACGGAGACGUCCUUCUCGUCCGCCAAAAACGUAAUGUAUACCUGCUCCUCUGCACUCAAAGCGCGCGUAAAAACCGUGCAUGGAAAAUGAAAUUCACAAACGUUCACGACUGGCUACUUGAAUCAAGAAAGACAUACAAGUUGGUUUUCUUGUCGUCAACUCCUCUGUUGUCACUUAUUUUCCAUUAACUAUCUACUUUUCUGUGAAAUGUACGAAAUAUAUAGAGAAUGUGCCCGCGUUAAAUGCUCAAAAUCGACUUUUCAAGUCAAAUACAAUCCUGGACAAAACUACUUGAGGAAAUGUUUUCAUUAAUGCGCACUACCUAACCUAACAAAACUAUUUUCAAAUCAACGGCUUUGCGUAACGAAAACCCCCUCCCCCAGUUCAAAGUUGCUUCCUACAAAUGCAUAGGGAUCGGGCUUUCUUUUGAAGACCCAACAAAACUGCUUCCAGGGGGAGGGAAGAAUCGGUCGGCUACGAAGUUUAGAAAAAAUGCUCCCCAAGUAUGCAAUUUUCUCAACGGUUUUGUCCAAGAUUGUAUGUUCAAGAGUGACUGAAAACAAACGGCACAACAGCGAUGAAAAUUGCAAAAGAGACUACUAACAAUCAAUAAAAGGAAAAUAAUUCGGUGAAACAUAUACAGAGACAACAAUUUUCAUUCACGAAGACAAGUAUUAAAGUGUCUCUGAAAAUCCUUGUUUAUGUUUUAAGCCGGCUUCCCGCUGUUUGCGUUUUUCAAAGAUGAACUCGAGGCAAGAAAAUCGCUCAAAGCUUUCUUUUACAGCCAGAAUUAUAACUAAAUAUUCUUUGGAACAUUUUCUUUCUAUUUGCGGUGAGAAAAUGUCUGAAGGCUUUUUAAAGUUCUAUAAGCUUAUAAUCAAACCGGAUACUCGGUCUGAUCAUUGUCUACAAACGUGCAUAAACUAAAUAGCCCCAUAAACUACACUCGACUUCAUUGAAUUAGGUAUAAAAAACAAACAUCAGAUAAAAUAAUUAAUCAGGCUUACCAUUCGAGAUGCACUGAAAGCUAUCAAGUAAGGCCAAAAUCGCUUCAGACUCUUCAACCCUCUUACGCAUCAAGCAAGGUGAAAAACGAAAACAAUGCCAUCUGAAAUCGGAUUUCCGACUUUGACAAGCGACGUAUUUCUCAACCAAAAACCCGAUAAACAAACUAGCCAUGAAUAACAGAAGAUUCUUGAUAGCAGCUGAAUUUCAUUUUGUACAAUGUUCAGUGGAAAAAGACAGUUAAAAACAUCACAAGUUGACACAAAACUCUGUCAGCUUCAGCUGUCAAAGUAAACAAGUUUCAAGAUGCUGCGUAAAUUUUCCGCAUGAACUCACCUGUCAAAUUUUGACCAAUCAGAGCAUAAAAAUUGGACGUAGAGCGUGACCAACGCGUGACCUUGGUGAGAAGAGUCAAAAGCAACUGGCAUGUGUUCCCUACCUGUAAAAACUGGCUGAAUCUUCGCUUUCGAGGUCAGUUUGAAAUCAAAAUUUUAAUUAUGCGGCACAUAAAACACAACAUAUUUCAUAUGAAUUGAAAAAAUUAAACUUGAGCCUGCAAUCAUUCGAAAAAUAGUAACUUGUUAGCGGAUAACUUCCAAAAAUACUCGACCUCGAUGGAUCGACACCUGAGCCCGCGAUACGGUCAGGUAAUACUGGUCAGCGGGACCCUGUUUUGACAGCUGUCAAUUGAUCGCAACAUUGAUGUGCAAUAUGUGUGCAAUAUCAGUCUUCCUGUGCUCCCAUACUAGCUAGAAAGUCUGGGAUUGAACAUUGGUUUCCCUGUGGUGCGGACGGACAGGCAGCGGGCGGGCGGGCGGUGUACGGUCACGUGAUUACCAAAUUUUCUGUGAUGGGUAGAUUUACUUACCCAUGGUGCUCCGCAGGCGCGCUUCGCGCGCCAGAGCUCCGCUAUAAAGACAAUGAUCAGAGAAAGGCCAGGAAGGAAUAUUUUAAAAAAAAUGCAGAAAAGUGUUUUGUCACACUCUUUGUCACACUCUUUUUAAGAGACUUGAAAGUUAUUAUUAUCUUACAUGGCGUUAUCCAAUUUUAAUUUUAGCAAUUUUUAGGGAUUUUUUAAAGUACCUUUAGGUAAUUAUCAACAGAUUUUCUGUAACUUUUAGUUGUUGUUUCUAAUACGUUUUAGGUAAUUUUCUGACAUAUUUUUCUGUAUUUUUUUAACAAGUGGCAAAGGAAUUUGAAUUUUUUUCUUAACAUUUUUAAUGUAGUUUAUUGGUUAUACACAAUAUCUAGAUUUUAAGAGUGUUCCAGAUUUUAGAUUUAGCCAACAGGUUAUGAAAUGCGCCUGGUGUGUGUGUGUUUUUUUUUUUUUUUUUUUGGGGGUAGGGGGCACUUAAGAGCUUUCAGAAGUUUUUACUGCCAUGAUAAUAAUAAUAAUUAUAAUAAUAAUAUAUUUUUUCAAUAAUAAUAAUGUCGAGCUACAGUAGAUUCGUUAGAUUCUGCGGACCAGAAGAAGACAAUAAAGCAAUUUAUAAUUUAGUCCCUUUAUUACCAAAACGAGGAAUUUACAUUAGGGUCUGUAUCUCUAUCUAUUUUUUCUUAUUUUACCAGCAGGUUACAGCAGUUGCCCCGGGUGGCGAUAUGAUUCCCAGGCAUUUCUUUUCUCUCUGGUUAACAAACCAGGAUGGGCACCUGUGAAACUGCCUCAGACAGGGCAAUAUAGUUAUAACAGAGAGUCCAUAUACGACUGCUCGUCUUAUGGACCUACGUUUGGAAGAGGAAGCCAUGACAUUUACAUUGCCGACAACGCGUCAUCUGGUAGCUAUUCCAAUACAGACCUUGGCGGUACGUACAGCCCACCAAGCGGGUACAAGUAUAAAGACACCUUCAGCCAGGGAUUUCUGACGGGAGAAACUGGUUAUUCUUUUACUCCAGAGGAAGUGGAAACAUUUUACGAAACGACGUAA